GCGGCGAGCGCACGUCUCUGUAUAAAGCUGUAUGGCUGAUAACACGAUCGCGAAAAAACUUUUCGGUGCGGUGACGAACGAUUUCUUUCAUACUCUUAAAAUAUGAACACGGUUUGAGUGUGCUGUGAUUUUUACUAAGUGAAAAGAGACUCAGCUGUUGCAGUGCACUGAAGAGGCUAAUUACCGGCUAGGCUAAUUGGCGGGCCGGCGUUUCAUGAAGUGCGAGAGGCGGACGCCGCAACAAUCAAGCGGCGCUAGUCCCGGGAUCGGCACACAAAUGUUAGCCAUGGACGUCACCAAGGAGGCACGGGCGUCACCAAUACCCGCCGGCGCUCAGGGCGCCACGGCCGCAUCCACGCAGCCGCCGCAGCCUCAGAUCUGCGCGGGAUGCAGCAAAGUGAUAACCGAACGUUAUCUCCUGAAGGCGUUGGAUCAACUGUGGCAUGAGGACUGUCUAAAAUGUGGCUGCUGCGACUGUCGGCUCGGUGAAGUCGGACACACGCUGUAUACACGAGCGAAUCUCAUUCUAUGCAAGCGAGAUUAUUUGAGGCUCUUCGGCAACACCGGGUAUUGCGCCGCAUGCAACAAGGUGAUUCCUGCGUUUGAGAUGGUGAUGCGUGCGCGCAGCAAUGUUUAUCACCUCGAGUGUUUUGCGUGCCAGCAGUGCAAUCAUAGAUUCUGUGUCGGUGAUCGCUUCUAUUUGUGUGAGAACAAGAUCUUAUGCGAAUACGAUUACGAGGAGCGCUUGGUUUUCGCAAAUAUGGCGUACAAUCCGCCGCCGCUUGCGCAUCUAAAGAGACAAACCACUCAUCUACCCCCACCACCGGCAAACAACGCAAUGGGCGGAUUGAUGAACGGCUCAAGCCGUUCCGGAGACCUCAACAACAACAUGUCGGGCUCUUCCCCUGCGGCUUUCGCACCCCCACACCUCAAACCCCUCGGCCUCUCUGCGUCCAGCUGAGACUAUCGCGUUUGAGACACGGCUCAUCCUUACAUCAAGUAUCAAAACUGAGCGAGUUCUGUGAAUUUGACGCUCUUUCCGAAUAAAUGUUCAGUGCUUUUGACAAAUGUGACUGACAAAAUAUAAACGUAUGUGACGAUUGAGUGAAGAUAUUUCCUUUAUAAAUGUUCCAUGUUAAAAGGCAUAGCGAGUUCGAUUCUUUUGUCUACAUCGAUCGAAUCUAUUAUAUUAGCUAAUAUUAUAAUUAUGACUAAUUGACAUUUCUAUUAUGGUAAAUGUAGUACUCGUUUGUAACCAUGCUUUGGUAAAAAUAUCUUGAACAAAUGAGUCUACAUAUGAAAUAUUUGACUUUAAUGCUUCUAGGCAAAUGAAUAUUCUGUUACUCCAAUAACGUGACAAUUAAACUUCUAAUUGGACGGAAUAGCGUUUAGUGAUCGAAUAGUUGUUACAAAGAUAAUGCCAAAAUCGGAUUAGACAAUUCUAAUUUUUAUGUGAAUGAUGUUAGAUAGACUUUUUAAAAUAUAAUGGAUUUUUAAUCUCAUAAGAUGAUCUCAUAAAGCAAUCUCGACAUAGAAUAAUCUUUUACGAAACUAAAAUAAAGGUCCGAUUUAAAUGAAACGUAUAAUAAUUACGCGGGAAAGACUGCUUUCUGGGACGGGUUUCAAGAGUAAUUAAUUACAUUAAGAUGUGGUUUCAUCGUAUUUUAAUGACUUUAACUCUGAUAGAAAUAAUUAAAUUUAGUGUAUAUACGAUAUAUACUUUCAAUUGUUCUAAGUAUCGAAAACAAGUGAGCACAAUGUGUGUGGUAAUAAUUUUUUGUAUUGAAUUUUUUUUUAUAAUUUUUAUUAUACGAUUAUAUUUUCGGCUUGGCCAUAAAUAAAAUUUAUUUUACCAUUAAACGCUCGCCAGAUUGUUAUUUCGUUUUGUAUAUUGUAUAAUACCUGUUAAGUUUAUCAUAAACAUUGUUAUAAUGUUUGUAUUAUUUAUGUAAAUAAAAUGUAAUCAUAAGUAGACUUAUUGUAUCUUACAUUAAAUAACUAUACAUCGGUGUAUAUUAAAUAUAGAAAAAUGUGAAAAUAAAUGUUGAAUAAUUUUUUUGAAUUUAAUAAUAAUUCAAAAUAGUUCAAAGUUAGUUGAUUUAGUGAUAUUUUAUAUCAUCCUCGUAUUGUGUACUAAUUUAUAUUUCCGCAUUUACGUAGGCGAUUCUCAUGCAUUCCUAUAUAAAAUGUUGCUAACAAGCAAUUAACACAAUGUGUCAGAUUCUUUUCAAACCAAUGAUAUGACCAAAGAAGUAGCUGAUUAAAUCUUGUUCCAAAUGAA